UAAGCGAGUUUAUGGCGAGGACAAGUUUUCUCCUGUGAAUUUCAGGCACAAUUCAAGUAUAAAUCCCUGAAGGCAGAGUAGACAGAGUUUAACACAGAGCUUGUCUUUAAGACAAAGGAGGUCGCUCAAAUCUUUCCAAUAUUCAGAAGCAAAAAAAACAUUAACAGCCAUAUGGGGGUACCCUACUCCUAAUCUUUCACCUCUAGGUCCCCUAGCCCCACUCCCAUCACUUCCGGGUAUACCAAAGAUAUCGGUGACGUCACCUAUUGUUAACUAUUGAAAACUUUCAGUUUCAAUAUUUCCACAUUUGGUCCGACAGUUGCUUUCUUGGCAUAAUACAUUUCCGCUGCAAGUGAAGAUAAAAGUCUCGGGCUUACUUCGAGCAAGCCGAAGUUCAUCUCGCUCUUUUUCCAUUGCAGUCUAUGAGAAUGCUGUCGGCAAAUUCCCGGCUAUCUUUAGCUGUGUUGCUAACGGUGCUUUGUCACGCACAGGUUGUAGAACUGUCGCUUCAUACUAAUAAGUCGGUCGAUGGUCUUGACGAUGAAACUCGUUGUAACUGGAACUGUACAGAUAUGGAUUCUGAUUUUUCGGAGGAAACGAAGACCGCCAUCGCCGAGAAAAAAAUGAUUCGCCUUGUUGUCAAGUACGAGAAAAGAGUGAAUGAAAAAUGCGUAAACCAAACAUCUCGCAACUCAAGCGGAAACGUUACUGAACACUGGCAAAUAUGGUUGGCAAAUAAACAACUUUCACUUUUCGCGAAGGCAUUGGAAAGCGUGAUAAAUAUGAUGCUUUGUCCGAAUUCAACUGGAGAACAGAAAGAAAUCAUGGCCAUAUGUACCUUAAGGCCUGUAAACGCAACAGCUGCAAAGCCGACUCAUUAUAAAGUUGCAUCACCCAUAUUCUUUCCAAGUCUUCGAGAUCUUGGAGUCAAACUUGAUAGCAUCGACUGCAAUACCCAGACGACAGAUAAUUCACAACCUUGUAUCAACAUCACCAAAUCAACUGGGGAUAAUAGUAGUAAUUCUGAAGGUCUAUUAAAAUGCAAUGGAUGGCCGGCGGAUGUUUUGCUCUGCUUAUGUGUUGUGUUUAUGGCCGUUUUCGUUUAUUAUUCCCCUGCUUUCGUUUGUCUUUUCUCGCCCACAGAGGUCACAGAAGACGGCGUUCAUCAGAUUGUUCUGGAUGGAGCAAGCCCAGUGAGCCCUCGAUGUCUGAUGGGGAACUAUUUUUUCUCAAACGAAGAUACCAUCUGGCACAAAGCAAGAAUGUUUAUUCUACAAGCUGUUGUGUUUCCUUUCCCAUUCCUCGGUCCUGCAAUAUUUGCUGAAUACUUGCAGCAGAGCAAAUUUCUGACUAUGAAUUAUCUCGGCGUUUCGCAUCUUUUGCAGUCACGUAUGAUAGUAUCCUAUGUGUGUUAUUAUAUUAUAGCUUUUUACACAUCAUUUUCUCCUCCCUGGUCUUCCAGAGGAAAUCGUCCUUGCAUCGUUUGCAGACGUGUGAAAUCGAAGACCCUCAUCUGUCAAGAGAAUCUCCCAAAGACAAUUACAAACCAUCUAAGAAUCCAGCCACAGAUUAUAGUGCACUGCUGGAGACUGUUUAUUCGACUUCUUUUAAAUUAUUUUAAGACGUGCUUUCUUUUGAUUCCCUCCGUUUUUGAAGUAUCUGCCAAAUUUUUUCGCCGCUGGUUUUUGUUCAUUGUUUUGUUGUCCACCAGCCCUGCAAUGACUAUUCUACUACUAAUACUCAUGUUGCUCGUAGUUCUAUUUGCUAUUAUUUUAACAUCUCCCAUAAUGGUCUUUUGUGGUAUUACAAGGCAGGUUAACGCUCACUUCCAUAAUCACCGUUUGAUCAGGUUGUUUAUAUGUUUUGUUCUCGCGGCGGUGGCUAUACUAGCACAGCUGGGAUCCGUACGGUUGUUGAUGUUUGCUGGUUUUGGUAUUCUAAUUGCCUUUUUAUCAGCCUUUGUACUCCUGCUCUCUGAAGAAAGCCUUCCGCUUAUAGCUUGUUUUGUUCUUGUAUUGUAUUAUAUUUGGAGUAGCUACAGCUCUUUUACCAACAAAUACCAGGAUCUUGGCCUUGCGCUCUUUAAACAUUACAAGUCUUACAAGAAAUCACGCCGACAUAGCCAAGUCACAGACAUGACUAUAAAUACAGAUUCACUACUAAAAAACACACAAAAUGCUGUUGGCAACAAGGACAAUGUGAUGAAAAUCCCCAGAGAGCUUUUCCACAUGGCUUGCGAAGAACUGAUGCCAAUCAGAGAAAGUGUCUGUGUGUUGAUUUUAAAGGUUGCUUUAACUGUGUCUUUUGUAUUUCUUGUUUUCUCAUUGACGAUACUACUGAAUGUUGAUGCAACCCCUGUCAUGAGGACUUUGAUAGCGUUUCUUACCGGAUCUUUUCCAAAGAUCGUCGCAAUGUACAUGGAUGGAAGAAGGCAGAAAAAAAUUAAAGCUAUAAUUGCAGAGGAGAAGAUUCCCCAAAUUGUGCAGGAGUAUAUCGAAGGAGCUUCGGCAGCGCAUCAUGAUCAACGGCAGCUAAACAGUGGCUCAGAUGUCGACGUAUGAUUUUACAAAGGUGAAUCAGUUAAGAGACCAUCGAAAUGGAAACCGCGUCAUGCUCAAUGGUUCUGAAGACAUUGGCUGCGCACUCCAAGUUAGAAGAGUCUACUUAUCCAAACUUGCUCUCGGCCCGAAUGAGUCUAAACAAUGUUGAUCGUAUGUGUACUUUGAUUUAAAUUUACUUUGCUUCUGUUGUUGCUUUCAUGUCCUGACUUGAUGUUCGGUUCGUUGACCUUUAAUAGUCAUGUGCAGCAUAAUUGAAUGCAAGGCUUUCAAAAGAUGAAGGUUCAGCUAGAUGUUAUUGCUUGGGGCUCAAAAUCAAACCAAAAGAAAUUUAAAAAAAAAACGUAUUUACGUCAAUAUGACCAUUUUAAUAGUAAUUUGUCACAAGGGGUUAUUUUUUAAAUCUCUGCUAUACACAUGUACAAUGUGUUCCCAUGAUUCAUUUGGGAGUAAAUAUUUUGAGAAUUAUAACAUCUUUACUUGAUCUGCUGACAACUUUGAAAUUGAUAAGUACGUUAAUAAUGAUUAUUAUUUAAGAAAUAGAAAACAUGUACCGUGUUUCUAUCGAGUUACAGAAACACGAGUGGAAGUUAGGGAGAACGCGAAAUGCUGUGGGAACACGAGCCGUACUUACGCGCACUCUACCAUACUUGUAGAGAGCAUGGUAAAAUGGCUCGUAACCCAUGAUGACUAACUCAAUGAAUUGAUUUGCAUUAUUCAGUGAUCCAGUUUUUAAUAAUUAGUAAAUUAAUAGCCACCUAGGUAAACAAUGCUGGCAAAGGCAUCACAGUCUGAUGCCAUGGAAUACAAUUAAUUCAUUGUUACCAACAAAGUAUAGACAGUUCUUUAAAAAUACCCGACCUGUCCGGCUAGGUCAGAAUUAAACUGUACGUCAACCCAUGCCCCUGAAGGAGAAGCUUUGGCGGACAAUUGCUGAAUGAAGUUUUCAUUUAUUCCAAAAACCGCUCUAAGUCCAGGAUAUUUGAAAGG